AUGUGCCCACAUUUGAUAGUUUUACUGUGCUUUUUCCUUCAAAUUAUUUAUUCCACCGAGACGACGAAUCCGAUUGCAAAAGCAAGAGCCGAAGGAAAACAGAUCUCGGAUGAACACUGCAAAUUGUUUAUGAACAACGAUCCGGUGAAAGAAUUGAUGGAGAAAGUGUGCUCGCAUUGUCACGAAUAUUUCUCGGAUACGGUGCCGAAUUUGCGAUUCGAGUGCAGACGGAAUUGCUUUCAAAACAAACAAUUCGAAUCGUGUCUUUCUCUAUUCGACAACAAUCAUCGAGCAAGGAGACACGUGCAUCGACGAUCUUUACCCCAG